CUGCUCGCUUGCAGACUGGAUGACCGUGCUGUCGUGGUCCGGUUGGCUGCCCUGAUCCACUGUCUCAAUUUGCGAGCUGUAGCCGCUGUCGGGGUAAAUUCGGUGGCUUCUUAACAGAGAGGAUGCUGAAUGUGCAUACAAAUACCGCAGAUGUGUCCCGACUGACCGUUCGAGCCUUCUGUUUGAGUAUGGGACUUUCCUAUGCUCUAAUACCUUUCCACAUAUCAGCGGAGACUCGUACGAGAGGUAGAGGUACGGCAGUGCUUUUCCAACCCACUCUUUCCGAGAUCUGUUUGAGAAUGGGUCCCACUCGGGUUAUUGAGCUUUUCAACGUACCCGUCGGGGUGGAAAAUACUAGGCCCUGGUACCAGAGCAGUGAAAGGGUCGCCAAUGUAGAGAUAGGACAGAGCUUUCCCAACCCACUGUCGCCGCCACCUUUUAAAAUACAGAGGAUGCACCCGCAACUGAUCGGAGGGGCUUAUAGCGACGGCUGCCGUUCUCCUUCUGGUGCAUGCGAGAAACCGAAGAAAGAGCUCUUGGGGAGCUAGUUGACGCCAAACCAGGGCUCGGUCUCAUAGUUCCGAAUGUUGUCAAGUAAAAGUGACGGUCGUACUGUAGGUUUCUCCCCGUGCUCGACCUCCAUUGGUAUGAUAGUCCCUGCGUGCGAACGGGGUGCUGAUACGUCUGGAUCCUCUUCGACAUUGUAUCCCAACUCAUUGUCUGGCUCGGUCUUAUUGCUGGCAGUGGAAUGCGU